UUGUUUUCCAGAAGUACUUCAUAGAGAGGGCAACAUACUGUUUCAGAAGACAAAGCUGAAUACACUGGGUAAUGAUAGUUGAGGAUGCCAGCCUCCUGGAGAAUAUGCUGCAAUAAAAAAUCCAAAACCAAGAAUGGGAAAGCUGAAAUGGACAGUAUGGCAGACACAAGUGGAAAAAUGCAGAUGAAGAAAGAAAUCACGUUACUGAAUGGAGUUUCUUUAAUUGUAGGGAACAUGAUUGGCUCUGGGAUAUUUGUAUCACCCAGAGGUGUUUUAAUGUACAGUGCUUCCUACGGACUCUCUCUAGUCAUCUGGGCACUUGGUGGGAUGUUUUCGCUGUUUGGAGCUUUGUGUUACGCUGAAUUGGGAACAUCCAUCGUUAAAUCUGGAGCCAGUUAUGCCUAUAUCCUGGAAGCAUUUGGUGCCUUUGUGGCCUUCAUCAGACUGUGGUCUUCCUUGCUAAUUAUCGAACCAACAACCCAGGCAGUGAUAGCAAUCACAUUUGCUAACUAUAUUGUUCAACCAAUUUUUCCUCAUUGUGAGCCACCAUAUGAUGCAGUCAGGCUGAUUGCAGCUGCUUGUAUUUGUUCCUUAACAUUUAUUAAUUGUGUUAACGUGAAGUGGGGAACCCGUGUACAAGAUGUUUUCACAUAUGCAAAACUUAUGGCUCUUAUCUUGGUGAUAUCUGUUGGUCUUUACAAAAUUGGUAAAGGAGAAACGGAAAACCUGAGAGCUCCGUUUGAGGGCUCAGCAACAAACCCAGGGAUGAUCGCGCUCGCUCUCUACUCCGCUCUCUUCUCCUACUCGGGAUGGGACACACUCAACUACGUCACCGAGGAAAUGCAGAACCCCGAGAGGAAUCUACCUCUUUCUAUUGCAAUUUCAAUGCCUAUUGUGACUGUUAUUUACUUGCUGACUAAUAUAGCGUACUAUGUAGUGCUGGACAUGUCAGCUCUUCUCACAAGUGAUGCAGUGGCUGUGACGUUUGGCGGUGAAACCCUUAGCUAUGCUAAGUGGAUAAUCCCUAUAGCAGUAGCCAUGUCUUGCUAUAGUGGCUUAAACUCAUCAAUAAUUGCAGCAUCUAGGCUUUUUUAUGUUGGAGCCAGGGAAGGACACCUCCCUGACAGUCUGAGCUUGAUUCAUAUAAAGUGCUUCACACCUGUCCCUGCCCUCCUCUUCAAUGGCUUAAUGACUUUGGUUUAUCUCCUUGUGGAAGAUGUUUUCCUCCUCAUUAAUUACUACUGCUUCAACUACUGGCUCUUUGUGGGUCUGUCUAUUGCAGGACUGAUAUAUUUGAGAUAUACUCAGCCACACAGACCACGGCCUAUUAAGCUUAACCUCUUCUUCCCUAUAGUGUACUGUUUAUGUUCCCUUUUCCUGGUCAUAGUUCCUCUCUACAGCGACACAAUCAAUUCCCUUAUUGGCAUUGGUAUUGCCCUCUCUGUCAUUCCUGCAUAUUAUGUGGGAGUCUAUCUGCCAUUUGAAAAACGACCUAAAUGUCUACAGUGGCUCUCUGCUACAACAACAAAGUAUGUUCAGAUGCUCUUCUACUGUGCUCUGUCAGACCUGGACAUAGACAUGGAACCUACAUCAGCUAAGAGUAAAUAA